AUGGAUGAAGAUGUGGUAGAUAUAAAAACUGUUUAUAAAGAAUUGGUAGCUUUGCGGGAGACAGUUCAUGGACAAAAUGAUCGAAUAUUAGAUCUUGAGCGGACAAUAAAUAACCACAGAAAGACUAUUCGGAAAUUAACGACAGAUAAGGAAACAGAAAUAGAAAAUCGUAGAGAAAUCGAACGUCGCUUGAAAAUAAUUGAAAAUAAUUUUGUUGGAAAAUAUUCAGAUCUGAGAAGUGAUUUUGUUAAGAAUGAUGUUACUACUUCUCCCAAUGGUGCAGACAAACACGAAAAUACAAACGAUACUGAUGGAUUAACUGGUUCGAACAAGGGAAUGAUUAAAACAAAUGCAAUUUCUCGAAAAGAACGGUUACUUCUGCCUUCAAAUGAAAUUACAAACGAGCACGUAGUCGCAUUCUAUGCGUAUUUAUCUACACAAGAACUCAAUCCUAGCACUCAUCAUACCCUUAUAUACGAUGUCGCAAAGACUAAUGUUGGAAAUGGCUACAACUCAGUGACGGGAAUCUUUACCGCACCCACAGCUGGGACCUACGUGUUCACAUGGGUUACUCGCAUGUACGAAGCUGGACAUUCAACCGAAAUUUUGGUUAAUAAUGUUGUCUUUGGGACUAGUUACAUUCGAAUAGGUCAUACCAAUGAUGUGUCCGUGAGUGGAACUAUUGUUGCGCAAAUUAAUAAAGGAGAUUCCGUAUUUGUGCGCGUUCAUUCGACAUUAGCUGGUAAUGGUAAUAUUUUAAGUAACCAAUAUGGGCGUUCAUCAUUUGCAGGAUGGCUUUUACACUAA